AUGAAUUGGAAAAAACAGAUAAACACUUAUUUGGAAAAUGGUCAAAUCACCCCAUCUCAAUCCGCAUUUGCGAAAGAUGGAGGUUGGAGACUCUGUGUAGACUACAGAUCUCUAAAUGGUAUAACUAUCAAAGAUACAUAUCCAUUACCAAACAUCACUGAAGUUCUUAACAAUACAAGAGAUGGUGUUCUCUUCUCUAAAAUUGAUCUACUCCAAGGUUACCACCAGAUUAGAGUUCAUGAGAAUGAUCAAUCUAAGACAGCAUUUCAAACUUCAUUCGGUGUAUUCCAAUAUACUGUAUUACCAUUUGGACUCACAAACGCACCAGCGUGUUUUCAGAGACUCAUGGACAGUAUAUUCCAAAGACAUACAAUAUUGAACAAGAAGAUAAUAAACAAAUCCAAGAAGUUUAACACAACCGAAAAGGAUUACCAUGUGUUUGAACAAGAGGUUAUGGCAAUCAAACAUGCUCUCGAAUCUAACUAUCAUAUGCUAUUAGGUUAUAAGUGGUUACAAUACAUUUUCUCUUUUAACCCAACUCUUAUUUAUAAAAAAGGAUCUGAUAAUGUAAUUGCUGAUGGUUUAAGUCGUUACACUUACUCCACCACCAUUUCCAUUGAUGAUAAUGAUCUAAUUGCAAUGAUUGAAAAUGGAUAUAUUGAAGAAGAAACGCAAAUAAAGAAUAAAACAAUACAUCCUUCAAAAUAUUACAAAUCUAAAUCUGUGAAAACAGAAGGUAAACUUAAAUAUUUUGAAGAUAAAAUAGUAAUUCCUCAAGUUCGCUCUAUUAUUAAACGUAUUCUUUUCAUAUACCAUGAUUCAUUACUGGCAGGUCAUCAUGGAAUAGAACAAACUUUAGAAUUAAUAAGUAGACAUUUCAUUUGGGAAGGAAUAGCCAAAGAUGUCACUAAUUAUGUCAAAGCUUGUCAUACUUGUAACAAAGCAACUGAUGCUCGUGGACAAUCAAUUGGUAAACUUCAACCACUUAUUGUUCCAACUAAAUGUUUUGAAAGCAUCAGUAUGGAUUUUAUUCCAUUAAUUGAUACUGAAUACAAAGGUAUUAAAUAUAAUAAAGUCUGGGUAAUUGUUGAUCGUCUAUCAAAGAUGGUACGACUCAUACCAGUUCAUUCAACUUACACUUCUAAAGAUUUAGCUGAAAUCUUUAUGAAAGAAAUAUUCAAACAUCAUGGCAUGCCUGUUGAAAUUGUCUCUGAUAGAGAUUCAAAGUUUACUAGUAAAUUUUGGAAAGAUCUGAUGGAUAUAUUAAAUUGUGAAAUCAGAACUACCACUGCAGAAAAUCAACAGGCCAAUGGACAAGUGGAAAGUAUAAUCAGAUACUUAGGUAACUUGUUUCGUAAAGCUAUCAUUGCAACUUACAAUGAAGAAAACCAUGAUGAAUGGAUAACUUUAGUUGAUACAAUUGAAUUUUGUGUAAACAAUUCCAUCCAUCACGGAUGCGAAUACUCUCCUUUUAAAAUCUAUACAGGUGAAAAUCCAAUAACACCACUCUCUCUUAUUCAAUACAAAUUGAAAAUGAACUCAUCAAACGUUGAUAUCGAAAACAUGAUCAACUCAAAGAGAAAUCAACUCAAAAUUGUUAGAAAUUGGUUAUUCGAUAAUCAAUAUAACAUGAGAAUUCAAUAUAAUAAAAAUAAGAAAGAAAUGGAUAUUAAAGUAGGUGAUAGUGUUUAUCUAAGAAAGUUUAGAUCAAACCCUAAAAACAAAAUCAAAUUAGAAACAAGAUUUGAUGGUCCAUACGAAGUAACGAAUGUCAAUGGAUUAAAUGUCACAGUUGCCAACGUUGAAUCUGGUACAAAGAGAAAGAGAAUCAAUCCAUCUUUCACUAGACACGCUAAAUACUUCAAGAAACACAACUCUUUAGACGAUGAGGAUGAUGAUGAUAUCGAAUUUGGCGAAGUUGAAGAAGAAGAUGAAAUUGAAAUCGAUUCAAUUACUCAAAAUGAACAAAACAAUCAGAAUAACAACAACGACGACACAGAUGACACUGAAGCCAUGGACAUUGAUUCAGAAUUAGAUUUGGUAACAAACAACAAUUCAACUACAAACAACAACCCACCUAUCAAUACACCAGAUUCAAACACUUUAAUUUUGGAUAAUAUUCCAAACUCAACUACUACUCAUCCAAUCAUUCAUAAUACAUUGACAUUCCAAAAUGAAAGAGAAUUUUCAGAAUCUUCUGAAAUCACUAAUUUCCAGAGAAUAUCUGCCAAAGAAAUCAAAGAAGCAUUCGAAAAGAAGAAUAAGUUAACUGUCCUUGAAGAAUACAUCCAAUACCACAAUUCCUAUCCGAACCAUCCACCAACCAAACAAAGUGCCAAGAUACUCAUAGCCUUGAUCAACGCCAAUAUCAUUCGUAAAGAUACAAUGUUCGUCACAAGAAAGAGAACCUUCAAUCUCACCAACAAGAGAGAUGCCAAGACCGAAUACCUUUUCAAUAUAGGAGGAGUCCAAGGAUGGAUACUGGAUAACGAUGUUCACCAAUCAUAUAAGUCUUUAACCGGAGACUAUAGAAAUUGGUUGAAAACUAAUUCAAACUAA